AUGGAGACUAAAUGUCCCGCGGAGUUGUGCAAGGGCGUCUCAGAGUUGGGGACGCGAGUCAGAACUGCUGCGGAGAUGCAAACCGCUCGGUCGGCGCGUUGGGGGAUGUGGUUGGAUGGCCGAGGUACGAUCUUCCGGCACAGUUGCUCGACGGACUUCAUCCGAGGCAAGACCGGUGACCCAAAAGGUGAUUGUAUCCCCAUGCUUGGAGAUGCCGUGGCAAAGAGAGCCUCCCCCGGCAUGCCGAAGCCGAAUGUAUGCCCACGACGGUCGGGGAAUUCGGAGAAGCCGGCUUAUGUCAAACCCAUAGUAGCCGGUAUUUCCCCGGGGGGGCGGAUGUUGCUGCUAGUCGAUCUCAUCCCGCCCCAAAACUUGAGUGAGGCCAACUGGACAGGCCCACGUGGCACCAAAGAGAAAAACAGCACAAAUGAGAACAUCUCUCGCCCCGAAUAG